GUUGGAAGUUGUGUUAUAGUUGCAUUGCUCAUCCCAUCCCUCUCCUCUCAACAAGAGGUUCUCCUUCCCUUCUAUCUUGAUGCUUAACAUACUAUUCUUGAUGUUUCAAAUUCAUGUCUCCAAUUCUCAGUGAAAUCCUUCUCUCCGGGUUUAUGAUAAAUUCCACACUGAGACGCAGGACCCACUUAGUUCAGUCUUUCUCUGUUGUGUUCCUUUACUGGUUUUACGUUUUUUCAUGAACCAUUUGAACCUGCAAUCUGAUCACUGCUAGACCAGUUAUAAAUCUAUUAUUAUAUCUUAUACGUAUUACAGAUUUUGGUUUGAAAUAAUUAGUAUUUGGGUCCUGUGUCGUCGUCGUGUUAGCCUUUGCUAGGUCCGAUCCAAUCCUUAUACUUAGUCAUCUAUCGGGCCUUUUUAAUUUUCUCUACUGUAUAUAUACUACCAUGGCUUCCUCUAGUGGAACUUCUUCAGGGUCUACUCUGCUUCCAAACUCUGGUUCAGAAGAGGACCUUCAGCUUGUAAUGAAUCAAAGGAAAAAGAAAAGAAUGGAAUCGAACCGAGAAUCAGCCAGGCGAUCGAGGAUGCGGAAACAGCAGCACUUGGACGAUCUGAUGGCCCAAGUGGCUCAGCUAAGGAAGGAUAACAAUCAGGUCCUUACAAGUAUAAACAUUACUACUCACAACUACUUGGCCUUUGAAGCCGAGAAUUCUGUUUUGAGGGCACAGAUGGGAGAGUUGAACAACAGAUUACAGUCCCUGAAUGAGAUCAUUCACUGUCUAAAUGUGGGUAGUAACAGUUCUGAAACUGAGAAUUCUCUAAUCGGUGCUGACAGCUUCAUGAACCCCUGGAAUUCACUCUAUCUAACUCAGCCCAUCAUGGCUUCUGCAGAUAUUUUUCAGUACUGAAACUCCUCCAUGCCUGAGACACUGAGACCGGUUCCUUGGUUGGUGUUGCCAAUGAUGUUUGCUUAGGUUGUCAAUGAAUGUAGAGCUAAAA